UGGAGAUUGUGGCAAAAUACAAAAAGAAGAAGAAUAGAUCAUGUGUGGAUGGUUUUCUCAUCAAAAGAAGAUAAACCACUCUCUAUCCUAUGCUUGGGUUUACUCUAUUUCCUUUCGUUCGCCGUCAACUCGGUUUUCAUUGCUUCCAGUUGAUAGUUUUCGAAAGAAGACAGGUCGACUGAUUUGCACUCGUUGCUGUUCAACUCUCAACCAUCACCCACAUUCUAUAGAAAGAAGAUGGGUUGAGAAACUUCCAAGAAGAUGGGUUUUGAACAAGUUGUUUCAAGUUGUCGCUGCUUUAUCUUUGCAAUCUAUAGGCAGUUCAGUUGAAGCAGCGAUGGGUUCCACGGUGGACCCAUCUUCCUCGCAUGAAGCAGCUUGGAAACCAUUGAGUGUUCCAACUCAAUCACUAUUGUUUGAUGUAGAUAUGGAUAGUAAGAGUCAUGGUUGGUUGAUCGGUGCGAAUGGUACUAUUUUGGAAACUCACGAUGGUGGAGAACAUUGGGAACCACGAACUUUUGAUUUUCUACGUAUGGAUGAAGAAAUCAAUUAUAGAUUCGAGUCCAUAUCUUGUUAUGGAAAUGAAGGUUGGAUAGUAGGAAAGCCUCCCAUCUUGCUCCAUACCCAAAAUGGAGGAAAGGAUUGGGAACGAAUUCCAUUAUCUUCCAAAUUGCCUGGAGAACCUGUAUUGAUAACAGCGCUUGGUCCUAAUCGAGCUGAGUUGGCAACUACUGCAGGUGCCAUAUAUACUACGGAUAAUGGAGGAAAGAAUUGGAAAGCCUUGGUAAAGGAGACUAUCGAUGCAACGUUGAAUCGAACGACAAGUUCUGGAGUUACCGGUGCUUCUUAUUAUACGGGCACUGUGAUUUCUAUUACGAGAGACUGUAAUGGAUAUUACUUGGCUAUAUCAUCUCGAGGUAAUUUUUAUGUGACUUGGCAUCCUGGACAAGAAUAUUGGACUCCACAUCCUAGAGACUCCUCUCGUAGAAUACAAUCGAUGGGAUUUGUUCAAAAUGAUAUUCACAAAGGUUUAUGGAUGGCUAAUAAUGGAGGAUUUUUAGGAUUUUCUCCUCCCAAUCCGAGUUUGGAUACCGUUUCCAGCAUUCCUUUUCAAAGAGUGGAUAUUCGAACAGGUGGUUAUGGCAUAUUGGAUGUUGCAUUUCAUCAACAAAAAAGAAACGAAGUCUGGGCUUCCGUUGGUAGUGGUAUUCUUUAUCGAAGUUUUGAUGGCGGAAAGCAUUGGGAAAAGGAUCCUUGGUUGGAUCAUUUGGGUAGUGUUUUGUACCGGAUUAAAUUUGUGGAAAAUUCAGGUUUCAUAUUGGGAGCUAAAGGAACUUUGCUUCGUUAUAAUGGCUAAAUAAAAUGUCUCUAUUGAGAUGAAUAUAUAUAGUUUUUUUCGU